UCUGGUAAUCUCCCCUCCUUCAUAUUUAUCAUCUUUUCUCUCUCUAUAAACGGGAUGUAUACAUUUCCAACCUAUACCUCAAAACAUCAGGUGUUGUUAAUAUCAUAGGAAGUUCUAAUUAUUUGUGUUUCUACUAGUGAAAAAAAGUAAGAAAUGGCGCCUACCUACAAACUUACUUAUUUUGACAUUACGGCCCUUGGAGAACCUAUCAGGUUCCUUUUGAGUUAUGGGGGGAUGGAAUUUGAGGACAACCGCAUUCAAAAAGAAAGUUGGCCUACCUUAAGACCGAGUACACCAUUUGGACAGAUGCCAAUUUUGGAACAUAACGGUAAAGUAGCUUAUCAGAGCGCAGCUAUCUGUAGAUACUUGGCAAAACAAGUAAAGUUAGUUGGAAAAAAUGAAUGGGAAGAUCUAGAAAUCGAUGCAACUGUUGAUACCAUUACUGACUUGCGUUUAAAAAUUGGGCCCUAUUAUUAUGAACAGGACGAAAAAAUUAAAGAAGUCAAGGCAGGACCAAUAUUUAAUGAGAUUAUUCCGUUUUAUAUGGAAAAAUUAGAUGCUCAAGUUAAGAACAACAAUGGUUACUUUGUCAAUGGUCGAUUGACUUGGGCUGACUUGUUCUUUGUUGCAAUGGUGGAUUAUCUGUGUUUCAUGGCAAAUAAAGAUAUAAUUGCGAAUUCUCCGAAUUUACAAAUUCUAAAAGAAAACGUUUUAAAGGUACCCAGCAUUAAGGCUUGGAUAGAAAAACGACCCAAAUGUGAAUAUUGAAAAAUUUCCUAUUUAUCCAAAUUAAGUGUAUCUACAUUUUUUACAUAUUAUUUUUCAUGUGAUAUGAACGAAUAAAAAUAUAUGAAACAGUGAAA